GACGAUGCCGGAAACUCCGCCUCAGCUUAUCUAGCUGUAUGAUUCUGUGCUUCUGGACUUGCUAAACUCGUAGGUAUGGCUUCAGACGAGGCGUUUAAAGGGAAAGUGGCCCUGAUAACAGGAGCCAGUUCGGGUAUCGGCGCAGGAACGAGCCUCGUGUUCGCUAAACUCGGAGCCCUGUUGGCUCUGAACGGCCGAGACGUGGAAAACCUGAAGAAAGUCGCCAAACAGUGCGUGGAGUGUGGAGCUGCAGAGCCCUUGCUCGUUCCCGGAGACCUGACCGAUGAAGAGACAGUGAGGAAAACGGUGGAGCAAACUAUCGCCCGAUUCGGCCGGCUGGAUGUUUUGGUUAACAGCGCGGGCAUCCUGGCAAUGGGCAGCAUCGAGACCGAAGACUUGGCUCAGUACGACAAGGUGAUGAACGUCAAUGUCAGGUCUGUUUACCACCUGACUCAACUCUGCGUGCCCCACCUGAUCAAAACGAAAGGCUCCAUUGUUAAUGUAUCCAGUGUGAACGGACAGAGAUCAUUUCCUGGUGUGUUGGCUUACUGCAUGUCCAAGUCUGCCAUUGAUCAGUUUACACGCUGCGUAGCACUUGAACUGGCAUCCAAACAAGUCCGAGUGAACGCUGUCUGUCCCGGUGUGAUCAUCACAGAAGUCCACAAGAGAGCUGGUCUGGAUGACGUUCAGUACGCUCAGUUUCUAGAAAAGUGCAAACAGACCCACGCGCUGGGCCGGCCGGGGGAGGUGGAGGAGGUGGCGCACAGCAUCGCCUUCCUGGCCUCCGACGCUGCCAGCUUCAUCACCGGAGUCACUCUACCCAUCGAUGGGGGUCGCCAUGCCAUGUGCCCGAGAUGAACCUUAUUUUAAACAAAUAUCUAAUAUAACAACUCCAAACUAA